GAAUGUUUUGUCUGUUGGUAUUUAACAUUCGUAUUGUGAGGAAGUUCAGAAAAGUCGCGGUGCGUCGCCGUUUGCCGUCGUUCGCCUUCGUUUAUAUUUUAAUCUUUAAUAUUCUCAUAUUUAUUUAGUUUAAAAUAUUUCAGUAAAUUAUUAUCGUUCAUACUUCUAUUUCUAAAAAAAAUAUAUUAUAAUUAUGGUGAAAAUCGAAUGGGCGCCAAUCAACAUACCCUUUCGAAGGCGCAUGCAGACUUUUACGGCCGGCUUUUAUUCUUUUCUCGCGUUUGGUGUUGCCUUGUCUUCGCACAUUUACUACAUUUUAUUGCUGGUGAGAGAACUACUAUUCUCUUUUCUACCUAUACGCAGAUAUUUGGCAAUUAUUACCUGAAAGCAUUUUUGAUUGCAUAUGGAAUCUGGAUAUAUUUAGACAAGGAAAAGUCUGAGAAUGAAGUCAGAGGCUCGGGAAUAAGGUGGAUGCGAGACAAUUUCUUUUGGAAACACUUCCGGGAUUAUUUCCCAGUAGAACUGGUUAAAACGGAAGAACUACCACCAAACAAAAAUUACUUAUUAGCAUGCUAUCCACAUGGAGUAGCAGGAAUUGGUGUCUUUACAAACCUGGGUGUAGAUAUAUCAAGAUGGAAUGAACUGUUUCCGAAAAUUCGCCCCAAACCAGCAACUUUGGCAUUUCAAUUUAGCACACCCUUUUGGCGUCAUAUCGUCAAGUCAUGGGGUCUUAUAUCGGUAACAAGGAAAUCUCUCUACAACAAUCUCACCACCUCACAUGAUCCAAAAGAUCCCAUAAAUGCCGCAGAUGGAUAUACUUCAUCAGCUGUUGCAGUUGUUGUCGGCGGUGCUAAAGAAGCCCUCGAUUCAAAGCCCGGAAAGUACAUUUUAACGAUUAAAGAUCGCAAGGGCUUUAUAAAAUUAGCCAUGAGAUCUGGAGCUGCCAUUGUACCAGUGUUUUCAUUUGGUGAAGUUGAUGUCUUCGAUCAACUUGACAAUCCACCAAAUUCAUUUGUGAGAAAAAUGCAAUUGUUAGUGAAAAAAAUCACCGGUAUUUCACCGUUGAUUAUUUUGGGAAGGGGAUUUUUCCAGUACAAUAUUGGUAUGCUUCCUCAGCGCAGGCGAAUAGUACAAGUUGUUGGCGCUCCAAUUGAUGUUCCAAAAUCUGAUGAUCCCAGUGAAGAAGUUGUUGAUAAAUUUCAUCAGAAAUUCAUGGACGAUUUGAAUGCACUGUUCGAAACCCACAAAUCCAAAUACAUUGCAGAUCCAGAAAAAGCUGUUUUAGUGAUGAAGUAGUCGAAUGUUUUUAUAAAUCGCACCAAUUUUUGUAAAUAAAGAUAUUUAAAACUUUAAUAUUAAAAAUAUAAUAUUAA